CUUGCAGGGAUCGGGGCAAAUACCCAGGGCAGGAAGGCGGGACUUCCGUGUUCCGCCGGAAGUGACGCGACAGUCGCGGCCACGGACAGGUGGAACGGCAGGUGGGUUCAGGUGCCAGCCUGGCCCGGACCCGUCUGUGGGACUGACGUUUCCGGUGAGCGAUAGAGGCAGCUCCCGAGGACCUGGAGACCCGUGGGGCGGGCUCUGGGAUCUGAGCCCCCCGCCCUGGCCUGGAGUCCCCCUCUGUACCUAUUCCCCAUUCCCGUGCCGUACUGGGCAGUCAGCCAGCCCACUGAAACUCUCGGAACCAUGUUUGCAGACUUGGAUUAUGACAUCGAAGAGGAUAAACUUGGAAUCCCUACUGUGCCUGGGAAGGUGACCCUGCAGAAGGAUGCUCAGAACCUGAUCGGGAUCAGCAUUGGAGGAGGAGCCCAGUACUGUCCCUGCCUGUAUAUUGUUCAGGUGUUUGACAACACGCCCGCUGCGCUGGACGGCACUGUGGCAGCUGGCGAUGAGAUCACAGGGGUCAAUGGCAGAUCAAUCAAAGGAAAAACUAAGGUGGAGGUGGCCAAGAUGAUUCAGGAGGUGAAGGGGGAGGUGACCAUCCACUACAACAAGCUGCAGGCCGACCCCAAGCAGGGCAUGUCCCUGGACAUUGUGUUGAAGAAGGUGAAGCAUCGGCUGGUCGAGAACAUGAGCUCAGGGACAGCAGAUGCUCUGGGCCUGAGCCGGGCCAUCCUGUGCAAUGAUGGGCUCGUCAAGAGGCUUGAGGAGCUGGAGCGGACUGCUGAGCUGUAUAAAGGGAUGACGGAACACACUAAGAACCUCCUCCGGGCCUUUUAUGAGCUGUCACAGACGCACCGGGCCUUUGGGGACGUGUUCUCUGUGAUCGGGGUGCGGGAGCCCCAGCCCGCUGCGAGUGAGGCUUUUGUGAAAUUCGCCGAUGCCCACCGCAGCAUCGAGAAGUUUGGCAUCCGGCUCCUGAAGACCAUCAAGCCGAUGCUGACAGACCUGAACACGUACCUCAACAAAGCCAUCCCGGACACUCGCCUCACCAUCAAGAAGUACCUGGAUGUGAAGUUCGAGUACCUGUCCUACUGCCUGAAGGUCAAGGAGAUGGACGACGAGGAGUACAGCUGCAUUGCCCUCGGGGAACCACUAUACCGUGUGAGCACAGGCAACUACGAGUACCGCCUGAUCCUGCGUUGCCGUCAGGAGGCCCGCGCCCGCUUCUCCCAGAUGCGCAAGGACGUGCUGGAGAAGAUGGAGCUGCUCGACCAGAAACACGUCCAGGACAUCGUGUUCCAGCUGCAGCGCUUCGUGUCCACCAUGUCCAAGUACUACAACGACUGCUACGCGGUGCUGCGUGACGCCGACGUCUUCCCCAUUGAGGUGGACCUGGCGCACACCACGCUGGCCUACGGCCUCAGCCAGGACGAGUUCACGGACGGCGAGGAUGAGGAGGACGAAGACGAGGAGGACACGGCCGCCGGGGAGCCGCCCAGGGAUUCGCGAGGGGCUGCCGGGCCCCUGGACAAGGGCGGGAGCUGGUGUAACUCCUGAGUGCCCCCUCGGGGUGUGGGUCCGGGGGGCAGGGUGAGCGGGAGGACGCAGCCGCACGACAGGGUGUGCGGCGCAUAAAGGCCUGCUGGCUUGGGGCGCAUGCCUCCCGGCUGCUCUGUCCUGCACAGCGAACCCGGGUGGCCCACCCAGGAUGGGCUCCGGGGCCGUGGCCCCCUCCACCUCCACCCCUCAUCCCCCACCCCCAGCUCCCCAGCCAGCCGGAGACCUUGGUCUCCCAACCUGCCUUAGGGAGGAGAAAGAGGGCAGAAAGGAAGAGGGGUCGGAGGUGGCAGAAUUCCAGGACUCAUUGCUCGUGGGCAUCUCCGCUGGCCCCACCCCGAGCCUGCCGGGAGUCGGGGGGCCUGCAGGUGGCCAGCCGAGCUGGGGGCCAGCGUUCAUGUGUACCCUCGCCUCUCCUUAGGCUGGCCCCACCCCAGUCCACACUCACCUCCGCAGCUUUUAUUUAUUUUAUUCCCCUGCCUCAGCCACUUUCCUGGGGAGGCCUGGGCGCUGGGCCUGUAUUGAAUAAACACAAACCCAGAUGGAGCCAG